AUGUCUUCGAUCAGCGUUCAGACGGUGACCAAGACGGUCUCGGCUGUCGCUGCCGCCUCGAGCAGCGCCCAGCGAGUUACUCCUCAAGGUGGUAUUCUGGAGGGAAUGAACCCAGUUCUGUAUCAAGCCAGUAACCCCAUUGUCCUUUUCAUCAUCCAAGUCAGUCUUAUCGUACUUGUUUGCCAUGCUCUGCACUGGCCACUUUCCAAGAUUCGCCAGCCGCGCGUUAUCGCAGAGGUUGUCGGCGGAAUCAUUCUUGGGCCUUCAGUGAUGGGCAGAAUCCCGGGAUUCCAAGCCGCCAUUUUCCCAAAGGAAUCCAUCCCGAAUCUCAAUCUCGUUGCUAACCUGGGAUUGGUGCUCUAUCUUUUCCUCAUCGGCCUCGAAACAGACGUCCACUUUCUGGUUAGGAACUGGAGAGCGGCUUCGUCGGUUGCUUUCAUUGGCCUCGCCCUUCCUUUCGGUCUCGGCUGUGCGCUCGCAUGGGGUGUCUACCAUGCUUUCAGAGAGGACAGUGGCCUAAAGCCGAUCUCCUUUAGCGUGUACAUGCUCUUUAUUGGUAUUGCUAUUGCCAUCACGGCCUUUCCGGUCCUGUGCAGAAUCUUGACAGAACUCAAGCUCUUGGAUACUUCGGUCGGUGUUAUUACGCUCUCUGCUGGAGUCGCCAAUGACGUUGUCGGUUGGAUUCUUCUUGCGCUCUGUGUCGCACUUGUGAAUGCCGGCAAUGGACUCACUGCCCUUUGGAUAUUGCUCGCAUGUGUUGGUUAUAUGCUGUUGCUGGUAUAUAUCAUAAAACCAGCACUUGUCUGGUUUAUCCGCCGCAGCGGAAGUAUUGACAGCGACCCUUCCCAGGGUAUAAUUUCGCUCAUCCUCAUCAUCGCACUAGCAUCGGCAUUCUUCACAGCCAUCAUUGGCGUCCACGCCAUUUUCGGAGGUUUCAUGGCUGGCCUCAUUAUUCCUCGAGAAAAUCGAUUCAACAUUCGCGUUACAGAAAAGCUGGAAGAUCUAAUUGGUGCCAUCUUCCUCCCGCUUUACUUUACGCUUUCUGGACUCAACACCAACCUCGGGUUGCUUGACUCUGGUCUUGCAUGGGGCUACGUCUUUGCAACAACUCUCGUGGCGUUCAUAAGUAAGAUUCUAGGAGCUUCUAUGGCUGCCAGGUUGAACGGCUUAGUAUGGCGGGAGUCUUUUACCAUUGGUGUUUUGAUGAGUUGCAAGGGUCUCGUCGAAUUGAUUGUGCUUAACAUCGGCUUGCAAGCCCAAAUUCUCAGCCAACGAACGUUUACCAUCUUUGUUGUUAUGGCGCUUUUGACAACAUUCGGCACAACCCCCAUCGUUUCAUUUUUGUAUCCUCCUUGGUACCAGGUCAAGAUUGAGGCAUGGAAGCGAGGUGAAAUCGACUGGGAUACAGGUGCACCAAUUCGCUCUUCCAGUGAAACUGAGUCAGAUCGGCAAAAGUCUUCUCUGAAACGCGUCGGUCGACUAUUGGUCUAUCUCCGUUUGGACAGUUUGCCGGCACUGCUGAACCUGCUGUCGCUGUUUGGUAGUCAAACUGUUAUCGAGCCAGAAGCGGAAAAUACUGAUCCUGCCGGGAACGAUACUGCUGAGGACAAUGUUCUGUCUGAGGGCCCAAAGCGAGCUGUUUGGGCACAUGGUAUUCGCCUUCUUCAACUCACUGAUCGUGACUCGUCUGUCAUGACAGUGUCCCAGGUCGCCGACUACAGUCGCCAUGAUCCGAUUGUAAACACAUUUCGCACGGUCGGGCAGCUUCACAAUUUGGCAGCGUCUGGCGAAGUGGCAGUCAUGCCAGAGACUCGCUUCUCGGAAGCGUUGACAACCAAGGCCGGCAAGAUGUCUUCUGAUCUGCUCCUGGUCCCGUGGAGUGAAACAGGUGGCAUGGGCGACACGCAACUUCUGUCGGCGCAAACUGUCGACCAAAGGGUCUCGUCCGUGUAUGCCAGUUUUGUCAAAUCUGUCUUGGAAAUCAAACUGCAUAAUGUGGCCAUUUUCUUCUCUCGUAGCGAAAGUGGUGUGGGCAAAGGUAAAGGGCCCGAGGGAAGCAAAUUAGCCAGAACGUACUCGUUUGGCGUGAUGAGAGAGGACAUGCCGAUCGCUCCUCUCCGAAACAAACCGUACCAUAUCUUCUUGGCUUAUUUUGGAGAUGAAGAUGACCAGUUGGCUUUGCGUGUUGUUCUUCAGCUGUGCGAAAACUCCAAAGCAACCGCAUCGAUCGUACGUGUAUCGAGCUCGGGUCAAGCAGGCUCUUCCUCGUCGGAUGAGCUCAUCGAAGUAGUUACGUCUAACUUGCCUGCCGACACUGCGUCUCGGGUAAGCAUCCGGACUGUUCCUGGCAUCACGACUGCGGAGGAUUUGGUGACCAUGGCGGCGGCUGAAACAUCGGGUGAGGAGAGUAAGACUCCCAGCCUGAUUGUCAUGGGACGCGGCAGUGGCACCAACAUGGACCACGGAAAGCUUGAGGAGAGGGCAUCGGAGGAUCUUCGGGCGUGCUUGGGGUCGUUGGCGGGAUUCUACACUUCAGCAGGCAUUGGAGCUGAUCUGUUGGUGGUGCAGAGUCGAUCAUCGGCUGUUGAAGGGGUACAACAGUGA